ACCGAAGGCGGCUCCUGGCUGUCGCUUAAUUUAUAAAAUUAUUUAAAGAUUUUUUUUUUAACUUAAAUUCCUCCACCCGCUCGCCGCGCGUGUAAUUUUAAUUCGCUUCCCACCGCUGUUAUUAUCAUCAUCGCUAUUUUACCUCAAUUAAUUCACGCCGUUUUAAAUCGCGCUCACAUUUCUUAUUCUCUCGUUGUGUGUGCUGCUGCUGCUGGCGUCGUAAAUGAGCGCUUGUUAAUAAAAUGUAAUUUUACGUUAAACAUUUUUUUGUUAAAAUCAAAAUUAACUCUCCAUUGGCAGCAGCAGCAGCAGCGACGUUGUAAUGUGAAGUCAAGCAGUAAUCGCGUCUGUUGUAUCUUGACGAGAGACCCACCACCACCACUAGCACAGCCACCACAGCCUGCCCGCCUCGCCGCGCCUUAGGCGGCAGGGCAUGGAGCGAGCCGGGCAGAGGGACGCGGCAUUCGUAGAGGCCGCACCGCGCUCAGAUCGACGCGGUGCCGUCUCGCCCGACCGGGACAACUCCUCGCUCACCUCCUCCCCCGAGGGCCGCGGCAGCGGCGGCGGCGGUCGCGGCGGUGGCGGCGGCGGCAGCGUCGGUGGAGGCAGCGUCGGUGACGCAGGCAGCGGCGUGGGUGACGAGGGGAAACUGUCACCGGACAUCGAGGCGCUGGAGCGGUUCAUCGACAGCUGCGUGCUGCAGUAUCGCGUGGAGGGGACGCUGCGUGACGACGAGCAGCCCGACUCGGACUCGUCGCCCGUCGCCUCGCAGGGCUCUUCGGAUCGGAGCGACAAGCGGAGCACCCGGGCCUGGAAGGGUCAGCGAGGAGGCCGAGGUCGGAUUCAGCAGCGGUGGAUCAACAGCCCCCCGGUUCAACGUGGAAGUCCCUCCCCACGGCCCAGAGGAGGCCGUACAGGCCCCCAGCCCAAGCCUCGAGUCCAAGACCCUUCGUACGAUGUAUGGGCGGCGAAUACGAACCCUUACGACAGCGGCUGCAGCUGGGACGUGCAGCCAGACGUCCAGGAAACGUCGACCUCCCAACAUCAAAGCCUCUCGAAGCAUCCCAACCACACAGAGCACGGUGACAGCGAAUGCCAGAACGUGGGCGACGCGGAGGCUGCGAUCAAGGACGACUCGAGGGACGACGGAUCUUCCCAGGUCGUCGAUGGCGACUCUGCUACGCGGGCUGUGAACUCCGGCCAGGGCAGGAGACGUGAGCGCAGCUCCAGGAGGCUGUACUGCCCUCCGGGGGUCCGUGCCACCCAACAUCACGGGCACCACCAUCAACACCAGCCGAACCAUCACUAUCAGCAGCAGCAGCAACAACAACAGCAGGAUCAGCAACAGCAACCACAGCAGCAGCAGCAGCAGCACUACUCUCCGGACUCGCUUGCGCUGUUACGGAGAGGCGGCGGUAGACGGGACAGCUGGGGCAACCAGCACCAGGGCAGAGGAGGAGGCGGCGGCGGCGACGGCGGUGGCGCUAGGAACUACAGCCAUGCGCCAGCGGGCUCGCCGCGCAGGCGCCACGGCAAGAGGGGAACGGACGCGGGAAAGGGCGGCGACGGCGGCGGCGGCGGCACGGGCGGCCGGGCGGCGCUGGCGCCGACGAGCAACGGGCAGCUUGGCGGGGCCGGAGAAGGAGCGCACGGGAGCAGAGAGCGCGGAGCGGGCUGCGAGUGGACCGGCGGUAACGGCGCGAACGACAAGCGGGAUGAGGAGUCGGAGGAGGGGAAGAGGCCGGGUCCGGAGGGAGAGCAGUCGGUGCCACGGGGCGGCGGCGGUGGCGGCGGGGGUGGUGGCGGCGGGGGCUUCCCUGCUACCCAGGGUCCCUCCUCACGCGAUGUGGUCGCGGGGUCACGGCACGAGCAGCGGCCGAGGAUGGAGUUUGCUCCCAGCCCGGACGCCCCGCUGAGCAACAGCGUCGACAUGCUCUCGCAACUACUCGACGACAUGAAGAGCGGCGGCGGCGGCGCCGGUGCGGACGACGGGAGGCUGGAGCGCGUCGUGGGCGAGGCCUGGCGCCACGCGGAGGCGGACGAGGCGGCGCUGAGCGGCGUCGUGAGCACCCUGUUCGAGGGCGCCAUCGCCAACCGGAGCGUGGCGGCCGUCAUCGCCCGCCUGUGCAGCCGCAUGCUGGCGCUGGCGCCGCACGGGAACAAGUUCCGCGGGCUGCUGCUCAACGCGCUGCAGUGCGAGUACGGUCAGCGCGCCGACACGCGUCGCCGCGACGUGGAGCGCUGGCUGGGCUUCGUCACCUUCCUGUGCGAGGUGUACGGCACGAUGCGCAGCAGCGCGUCGGAGCCGUACCGCGUGCUGGCCAUCCCUGUCUACACCUGCCUGCAGGAGCUCCUCAAGGCCGAGGAGUUUAAGGAAGACGCCGUCCUCUGCUGCUGUUUGGAGCUGCAGAGCGUCGGGCGGCUGCUGGAGGAGCAGCUUCCGGGGGUCAUGACGGAGACGCUGGCGCUCGUGCGCGACAAGAUCCUGAGCCCGUCCGAGUCGGCGCUGAGCCGCUCGCUGCUCCUGGAGGUGGUGGAGCUGCACGCGACGCGGUGGAGCCGCCUGGCUCCGCACGCCUCGCGCUACUACACGCGCACGCUGCAGCAGCAGCUCACCACGUGAGGAGCGCCGCAGCGGCGAGCGACGAUGACGAUCGCCGCAGAUUGGCAUCGCUCGCCCAUACGCCUGUGUCGAUACACCCAGCUGCCAACGUUCGUCACGCAGGCACACUGCCGCACCCUAGCAAACGCGCGUGCACACGCGCACUCGGUUACCCGCACGUGCGUCGCUAACACGCACCACACACCCUGUCACCCACGCGACGCACACACUCUGCCGUGGCAACCCACACACACACCCUGGCACCACAUCCCACACGUACUCUGCCACCUCUGACCACGACACUGCCACCCUCGCACCACACACCCUGCCACUCAUUUACAAUUCACCCCUCACCACACACACUGCCACCCCUCGCACAUGAACUCGUGCGCCCACCCGCCCCCUAACUCUUCAUCCCUCUUUCUCUACCUCCCAUUGUUAACUGUCUCUUUCUAUCUCCACAUUUAUACAGAUAUUUCUCGCCGUUUCUCUAUGCAUAUAUCUCCAUAUCUCUUUCUAGGCGUUCGCUAACCUCACUUUGUCUGGAGUGUCUUUAGAUCAUCAUCGUAUUUGCUUUAUACGAAGACAAAAUGUGUUUUUGCGAGCACCCGUGAAAACUGGCACGGCACAGGAUGGAGUGGGUUGGCCAAUACUGCGCCUGGCCGCUUUUGACUCCCCAGUGCCGAUAUUUACACACACACACCACAGCGGGUACCCACUUAAGGUCGAGUCGACCUAGGCAAGGCCUAAAACCGGUUCAGAUAUUCUCCACUGUUAUUGGUUUUGAGCGGGUAAUGGAACUCGGGACGCUGGGUUGGUAGCGCAGCGCGCUAACCACUACGCACACACAGGCCAAACACACACACACUCACCAUUGGAACCUCAUUUGCCAGUAAAAAAUAUGAUAAUUGGUUUUUUACCCUUCUAUCUGGUGCAUUGUCUUUGAGUUGUGCGCCUUUUGGCGUCAUCUGGUCCAACCCAUGUGAGACUAGGCUCUAAGGAAAGCUGUCUCGGGUGUGGACCAAUCAACUUCAAGGACAGUGCACAUUAUCAGAGUUAUGUUUUUUGUUUGCAUUAUGACUGCAGGUAUUGUGGUGUAUGCAAACAUGACUCCUUGUAAAAAAGGUGUCAGUUUUGUUGCCAGAUAGAAGGGUAAAAAACCAAUUAUCACACACAUUCGCGUGUCAUUCUUAUGUUUUCAGCAGUUGAUAUGGUGGUCACGUAGAGCAGCACAUUGGUGACGUUUCCAUUUGAAAAAAGUCAGCGUUCAAACAUUGCUCAUCUCACGUUUACAGCCCCAAGCCACUGUUGACUCCCCCCCCCCCCCUCCCCACAGUGGUAGUCAUUUUAUCUUGCCUUAACCGGGGCUUAGUUUCUCACCGAUUAUGCUCUGGAGUAGACACAUGAAUAGUAGUUAUACUGCCAUCGAAAGAGGUGUACUGGAUAUGGUGUGCAGGGCGCGUGGAAAUAUUUUGCGUGUCGCUGGUGGCAAGCGACUGGUAUUAGCCAUCUCGGCCACAGCUGAAGGUAAACUGGGUGCUGGUCGCCGUUGCGUUUAACCGGCUGCGAUUACGUCCCGGUUAUAACUAAAGAAUUGAUGUAACCCGGAGGUAAAGCGACCGUUUCGUGCAAUGAUCACCGGUGAAUUUCAGCCGUACACUGAAGCGGGGGAGGUCAUCCUGUGAUUGGACUUUUUUAUUCACCAACAUUUUUUUUUACUUUAUAACCGUGGAGUUGUCGGUUCCACUUGUAGAUCCAGCCAACCCCGAACUAACUCCACACCCUAACCCCAUCCGGAGCUUGUCACGUUCCGGUCAAUUGAUAAUUGAUUUGGGCAAAAAACUGAUUUCCUACACAAGCGAGCAUUGAGGCGGUGCGCAUUUCCCAUUCACGGCGAGCCUCUGCCGAUGCACAGCCACCGUUGACCCUCCACGAAGCGGUUACCCCUCCGCCGUGGACGGAUUUUGUAGGGAGUCACCGAAACACGGAACGAGCGUGUCAUCAUCGGCUUCCAAAUUGUACCGCACCGCGGGGGGAGGGGGUGAGAAGUGGGGGGGAGGGGGGGCGAAGGGCUGGGGGGGGUUCGUUGCCGGGAGUGCACCAGUGGUCAUUUAAAAAAAGUUGAUCGACGCUUGCGUCGUUGCAUGUUGCGUCUUUGUGUCCGCGUUGACGCAUCACGCGUCCGUGCUGCGUUCAUGCUGCAUCGACGCAGGUUCCGUGUUGCUUUCCGGGCAGAGGCCGUCCGUUCUAACCAUUCACCGGCCGACUAAACGGCCCGCGUGAAAAUGUCACGGUUGUCAGAUCUCGCUGGGACAAGCGCCCAUUUGGUUUCUGUCUCGACGUCCCGCCGUCGUCGCCCCUUGUGCCGCCUCCUGUCACGCCGCAGCGCGGCUCUCCGCUGCGGCUCUCCGCUGCGGCUCUCAGUUCGUUCUCGCUUGUUGUCGUGCCCGUGGAGUGAGACGUCAGGAUGUCGUGCCCGGAGAACACAACAAUAGAAAACACAACAAUGGAGAACACAGCAAUAGAAAACACAACAAUGGAGAACACAACAAUGGAGAACACCACAACAUAAAACACAGCAAUAGAGAACACAACAACGGAGAACACAACAAUAGAAAACAACGACAGAAAACACAACAAUGGAGAACACAGCAAUAGAAAACACAACAAUUAAGAACACAACAAUGGAGAACACCACAACAUAAAACACAGCAAUAGAGAACACAACAACGGAGAACACAACAAUAGAAAACAACGACAGAAAACACAACAAUGGAGAACACAGCAAUAGAAAACACAACAAUGGAGAACACAACAAUGGAGAACACCACAACAUAAAACACAGCAAUAGAGAACACAACAACGGAGAACACAACAAUAGAAAACAACGACAGAAAACACAACAAUGGAGAACACAGCAAUAGAAAACACAACAAUUAAGAACACAACAAUGGAGAACACCACAACAUAAAACACAGCAAUAGAGAACACAACAACGGAGAACACAACAAUAGAAAACAACGACAGAAAACACAACAAUGGAGAACACAGCAAUAGAAAACACAACAAUGGAGAACACAACAAUGGAGAACACCACAACAUAAAACACAGCAAUAGAGAACACAACAACGGAGAACACAACAAUAGAAAACAACGACAGAAAACACAACAAUGGAGAACACAACAAUGGAGAACACAACAAUGGAGAACACAACAUAAAAUACAGCAACAGAAAACACAACAAUGGAGAACACAACAAUGGAGAACACAGCAACGACCCUGAUGUUCAGGAAAGGGGUGGGGAGGGGGGGGGGUGGCCGGUGGUGUUCAGGGUGAGGGACGGUGGCUGUGAACCUCAGAGUGACGUUGCCCCCCACUCCUCCUCCCCGGGCCGAUGUUGUUUAGGUGACGACUCUCAGCUCGUGACGUUGGGGCUUCCAAGCGGGAGAUGCUUAUGCAAUUGGGAGGGCAGUUUGCGUUGGAAGUAAUACUGCACUUGCUUGUUCCGAAGAAGGCAAGCAAAAAGGAAUUGAUACAAGGGGGAGACGAUAACGAGGCCUGCACCGAAGAGUUAUUUUCUUCUUCUUGGUUCUUUCGGUAAAGUCACGUAGAAGGGAAGUAAUAAAAUAAUAAAAAUAAAACAUAAUUAAACAAUU